AUGGCCUCCGAAUUCAAACUCAAGGACUUGACGUCCAUCUCCCUGUCCCCCGGUUCCAAACAGGAGGUCGAGGUCGAGGGCGUGGACGGCGGCAAAGUCCUACUCGUCAACGCUGGAGGCAAGAUUCAAGCAAUUGGCGCCAAAUGUACACACUACGGGGCGCCCCUUGCCAACGGUGUCCUUACUGCUGACGGGCGAGUCAAAUGUCCGUGGCAUGGAGCCUGCUUCAGCACGAGCACCGGCGACGUCGAAGAAGCGCCCGCCCUUGAUGCCCUGCCCGUUUUCAAGCUCAUUGAGCGCAAUGGCGCCGUCUAUGUCGUGGGCGACGAAUCCGCAAUCAAAAGUUCCAAAAGACAGCCCAGCUUGAGCUGCGCCGGCUCUUCUCCUGCAGGCGACAAGGUCGUCGUUGUCGGCGGAGGGUCUGGCGCCCUGGGCACUGUUGAGGGCUUGCGAGAGAAGGGCUUCACCGGUGGCAUCACCGUCAUUUCAAACGAGGGCUAUUUCCCCAUAGAUCGACCGAAACUGAGCAAGGCUCUCAUGACUGACCUCUCCAGAUUGCAAUGGAGGGACAGGAGCUGGUUCGAUAGCGGCAACGUCGAGUGGGUGGAUGGCGAAGCUACUGCCGUCGACUUUGGAGACCGUACAGUUAGCACCAAGAACGGCCGAAACAUUUCCUACACGAAAUUGAUCCUCGCCACGGGUGGCACUGCUCGUAAAUUGCCUGUCAAUGGAUUUUCCGUCCUGGGCAAUAUUUUUACCUUGCGCAACGUGCAUGACGUCAAAGCCAUCGUCGACGCCAUUGGCGAAAAAGGCAAAAAGAUAGUCAUUAUCGGCGCGUCCUUCAUUGGCAUGGAAGUCGCCAAUGCCACCUGCAAGGACAACACCGUCGCAGUUGCAGACGUGAGCAAAGUUCCAUUGGAGCGUGUACUUGGCAAAAAGGUCGGCGCCGGCAUACAAAAGGCGAUUGAAGCCAAGGGCGUCACCUUCUACCUAGGGGGCGGCAUCGAGAGGGCAGAGCCAUCCACGUCGGAUCCCUCCAAAGUUGGUGCCGUCGUUCUUAAAGACGGCACGAAACUAGAAGCCGACCUCGUUAUCCUGGGAGUUGGCGUCAUGCCUGCUACAGAGUAUCUGCGCGACAAUUCUAUUCUACGCCUCGAGGAGGAUGGAUCGGUCAAGACGGAUGACAACUUUCAGGUAUCCGGCCUCAAGGACGUCUACGCAAUUGGCGACAUUGCUACGCAUCCGUACUCAGGACCCGGAGGCGAGGGCAAGCCAGUGCGCAUCGAACACUGGAAUGUCGCCCAGAACUCGGGCCGCCACGUCGCCAACCAUAUCGUGAACCCGACUCAGAAGCGACCUCUGGACAUUCCCAUAUUUUGGUCAGCGCUUGGUGCUCAGUUGCGAUAUUGCGGAAACACCGCCAACGGAUGGGAUGACGUGAUUGUCAACGGCGAUCCCGCUGAAGCCAAGUUCGUCGCAUACUACACCAAAGGGGAAACGGUUGUGGCCAUGGCCAGUAUGGGCAGGGAUCCGCUCAUGUCGCAGAGCGCUGAGUUGAUGAGGUUGAAUAAGAUGCCGUCCAAGAAGCACAUUCAAGAUGGCGUCGAUGUCAUGUCUAUUGCUCCAUGA